GCUACCUAUCUUUGCCCCAAUCCCUAAUUAUUCCCCAAACAACUUUUCAAAAUUCAUAAAUCCAGAACUAGCGAACAAUGUCACAGCAGCACAGCUGCUAGCUCCGAUGGAAUUCGCCGUCAUCGCCACCGUACUGGUGGCGUUCUUCGUCGCCUACCUCGCAUUCCUCUUCGUCCAGUUCGUCUACGUCGUCAUCCGCCGCAAGGCCCUCGUCCACCGCCGCACCUCUCCCGACGACGUCCCUCUACCCCUCCCUCUCCCAGCCGCCAAGUCCCCCGCCACCGCCGCCGCCGCAGGGUCUAUUUCUCCGACGCAAAUCAAGCACUUCCUCCGCAGCGCGUGGAAGAACAAAACCUCCUCUCUCUCCUCCAAGGCGCUCAAGGCCGCCGAAGCUGCCGCCGCCGCCACGACGGCGAACCCGCCCUCUCCUCCUUCCGCCGUGGUCGUGCAGGCCGCUCCGCCGCCCACCGACGAGGAGGUGGAGGAGAUGCUGAUGGGGAGCAGGAUGCGGGGCCCGCCCAGAUUCCUGUUCACCAUCAAGGAGGAGGACAGGGAAGGCAGCGCCGCCGAUUCCGGCUCAUUCGAGGACAACUGCGGCGGCGGAUCGUCGUCGGUGCGGAUCAACAAGGAGUUCACCGGACACGCGCCUUACUACGGCGAUCACCACUGUAAUUCCGACGAGGAGGUCUCGUCGCCGGUGAUCGGCGUCGUGGUGGAGCUCAACCAACUGACGGCGCCGUUCGGUACGGCGCCUUGUUCGAGAUUGCACGCGGCGGAAGAAGCAGACGGCGGAAGCGGCGGCGUCGUGCUUCCCCGGAUCUUACUGGCGCCGUAAGUUUAAUUUGUUCAUAGUUUGCCGAAGUGGCCGGCGCGCGUUCUACGUGUCUGGCUGCUAUAGGGGGUAGGAAUUUAGGUUGGCUGAAAAGACUGGUCAGCGCGCGCCACGUCAGCGUCUUGGAUGCCACGUGGCGACAUCGGGACGGAUGUGUCGUGUUGCAAGUUAGGAUGGUAGUGGGAUGUAGGCGAUCUUUUUUAUGCGUUUCUUCUUUUUCCUCGUAAUAAUAGCCGCGGCCGCGUCCCCGGCGAAACGACGCGAGCUGCCUGGCUGUCCUCCUCCUCCUCGUCCUCGGCGGUAACGUAGAAUUUCGUGUAUUCGUGUAUAGUGAUGGAAGCUUUUGUCGAGGGAGAAAGAAACACUAAUAUGGGCUUCUAGUUUGGGCCUAUUCCCUUGGGUGCCUAUGUGCUCAGGCCCAGAAGGAGGUGGGCGUUUCUUGUAUAGGUGCUUGUUUUAUUAUAUAGGCCUGGGUGAAUUUCGUUCGGCCCAGAACGAGGUGAUGAAACAUUGAAGCGUCGUAAGCUUUAAAACCAAAUCCACCAUCCUUGGGCCUUGGCCCGAUCGUCCAAAGCAUGCUAAUCCUGUUAGUCUGUUACGAAUCUCCGCCAUCGCCAUCUGACUUCUCGUUUUAAUUAAUUUUUUUUUUGUUGUCGUCAUAACCACCCUUGCCAAUGGAUCAAAUAAUAGCGUGGGGUACCACAAUAGUUCAAGACCCGCGCUGACCGAAGAACAGGUUAACAAACAAGAAAGAAAAAUCAUAAAGCACACUGUGAAGACUAGGAUAGUGAAUGACAUGAUGUGCCACAACCUGAUUUGCUUCUCGUCUCGAGAAGCGUACACAAAAUAAACCCUAGGUAAAUUUCCUAACAAAGAGUAAGACUUGCG